AUGCCGUCUUUCGCGACGCUGCAGAAUAAGCCAUGUGUGAUUGCCUUUGACCUGAGCUACAAUACAGUACAUGCUGCGGCAGUAGAGUCACCUCCGGGAACUGGACCGACAACAAUUCCAUGUUUCCCGGCGUCAGGGUCGAACUGCCCUUCAUCACCGUACCCUGGAUUCUUCUACUCCGCCGCAAGGAUGGAGAAUGUGUGCGAAUUGCAGCUAAGCAGAAUUGAUGAUGUUAUUGCGGGCAUGGUUUUAUGUUAUUCUGGCGGAGCCGAAGCUACCCUGGGUUCGGUCUUCGUGCCAUCUUUGGUACGUAUACCAAGGGGCAAUAGUUCUGGCCUGUGGAUACUCGUUUCCCCUGAUGUUCUUGGGUAUCCUCAAGUUACUGAUAUUACUGUCACCCGACCGUUGGUUAAUGAGGACAGUUAUUUGUCGGUCCGAUGGAGCGGUAAACCGGAAUGGUGGUUUGGACAUCACCAUCGGCAAUGCCAGUUAUGUUAUGAGGGUGUGAGUACACAACAGACUCGUAUUUAA